CUAUUAUUAUUAUUAUUAUUAUUAUUAUUAUUAUUAUUAGUAGCAGUAAUAGAAGUUUCACCGUGGCAUGAUUUUUUUAACCAUUACGCCUACAAUGUUGAGACCGGUGAGUGUGAAAGAUUCAUCUACGGUGGAUGCGGAGGAAACGACAAUCGAUUUGACACACAAGAAGAAUGCAUUCAAAAUUGUGGUUACCAAUUUCCUACCCAAGUAGGAUUUUUGCGAGUUGUAAUAAAUCGCCAAAAUGUGUCAACUGAGUUCGACGGCUAUUCUGGCAGAGUUGUAUUCCUGUUGCAUUCGCUCGGUUCAUUCAUAUUUGCUUUCCCAUUGGGUUUAAGCAUCAGUACGCAUUCAUCACCGUCUUAG